AGAUCCUGGCUCACGCAUGCGCAAUAAAGGCCAAGGUGCCUGACGACCAAUUCGUGCGUCAGUCACCAAACGUCUUUGGGGCGCGUCAGGCAUCGGCUGGGAGGCGUUUCGCCGGUUUGGAAGCCCCGGCUGGAGAGAGAAAGAGAGAGGCCUUCGCGGGACGAAGCCGAUUCAAGCCGCGUCCACACUGCUUCGGGUGCUUGGUCUUUUCUGCAAUUUAAUGUUUCUGUAAUCCAUAUAGAGAAGAAAUGGCUGCUGACAUGUUUUCAAAAGCUCUGGAGGCUCAGAUUCUUCAGACCGCUGAGAUUGUAGAAGAGCAACUGGAUGCUGAAAUUCAAAAACUCGAUGAAGUGGAUGAAGAUGAGCUGGAAAUCCUAAAACAAAGAAGGCUUGAAGCACUGAAAAAAGCACAGCAACAGAAACAAGACUGGCUUUCAAAAGGACACGGAGAAUACCGGGAAGUCCCCAGUGAGAGAGACUUUUUUCAGGAAGUGAAAGGAAGCAAAAAUGUGGUUUGUCACUUUUACAGAGACACGACUUACAGAUGCCUAAUAUUUGACAAACAUUUAACAGUGCUUGCAAAAAAGCACAUCGAAACUAAGUUUAUCAAGUUAAAUGCUGAAAAAUCUCCAUUCCUGUGUGAGAGACUUCGCAUCAAAGUCAUUCCCACACUUGCACUUUUAAAAGAUGGGAAAACACAGGAUUACGUGGUUGGAUUCACUGAUCUUGGCAACACAGAUGACUUCACCACAGAGACCUUAGAGUGGCGACUAGGUUGUGCAGGUGUCAUUAACUACAGUGGCAACCUAAUGGAUCCUCCUUUCCAGAGCCAAAAGAAGUUUGGAGCCACCUUCACAAAGCUUGAUAAGAAAUCGAUCAGAGGGAAAAAAUAUGAUUCGGAUUCUGAUGAUGACUAGACAUCACAAUACAAAUAUUUCAAAAUCAUAUUUUCUUUUCAGCCUAGUACAUUUAUAAGAAUGUUUUUUAUAACACUGUUUGUUUUCUGAAUCUUUGCACACAAUACUCAUUUUUUAAACAAUUUUGUAUAACUCAUGAAAGAAAAACUGAGAUAUUUUUUCCUCCCAAGAGGUCAUUUCUAGGCCAAGAAGCCUGAGCUCUUUUUGAACUCUGUCAUGUUCCAAGUUUUAUUAUUUUAAGGGUAGCUUUUUUAAUCUACAUGUUAGUGCUGUGUUCCAUUUUGCCAUAUUAUUUUGAUAUAUUAACGAAGGACUUCUGUCAGGAAUUGUUAUAAAAUUGUUCUUGAAGUAGUGCAUUUUAAUAACAUCAUUGUUUAUCUGGUACGGCCAUGAGUUUGGCAUUGCUUGGCCCAAGUACAUCAUACUGCACAUUAUGAAGCCAUCUAAGCCUCUCUUUUAAAACAAAAAAUAAAACAAACUACUUUUACUACCUGCAUGUUAAAGCUGAAUCAGCAGUAAGUAGUGUAUGGCAAAAUGAUACCGAAGCAUUCCUUGCUUACAGGAUUAUUUCAUAUAAUUCUGUGUUUUGGAAAACAGGCUGGAUGCAAACAAUAUAAUGGCAAGUAUUGUUGUGACUUAUUCUCUUGAUGAUUCUGUGGACACAGUUUAAUACAAUUCCUUGCAAUGUUCUUGAAUAAUAGGCAUAUUUUGUAGAAGACUCCACCAUAAUUGGAAAAUUAUGAGUCCCUUAAAAAUGGACUUGGUGGUAGAUGAAUGAACCUCUUCUCUGUGCUCAUGAUGUCCAUUAUUGUUAAUAAAUAAGCCUCAUUGAUCUUGGGGCAUCAUAGUGGAUCUUUGAAGAAAACAUGUAACUAACACUCAAGGGGCAUUGCUAGGCAUGAACCCAUGGCCACUUGUCCCUGAAUUUAUGGUCCAGAGUCCCAGAUGCUCGUGGAAGCUUCUUUUCUCAGUCUAAAUACCACGAAAGGAGCAAUUUUAGGAUGAUUGAGGUGAGGUACAGAACAAUUUAAAAUGUGUUUUAGUCUAAGGGAUUUGGGUGAGAAGCUAAUUAGAUCAAUUUACCUUUUUUUAAAAAAAAUUGGGGGAAAACCCAAUAAAAGCCAAAUCUCCUGCUAAUUUAAUAUAUGCUAGAUCUGUGCAAAUUUGUGUCCUUUGAGCCUAGGCCCUGAAUCUUUGAAGUGUCUAGCACUCCCUUACUAGAAAUAAAAACUAAAGUCCAAUCAUGCCAUAUGAACAUAGGCUUUUUCUGAUCGGCUAUUUUUCUUUUUCUCUGUAAGAGGAAAUGAGUGAAAUUGAACUUCCUUCUCCGCUUUUCUUUUUAGGAGGAGAACGUUCCUAUCUGAGAGUAUGGCUGAGAACAGCAUAGAAAAAAAAUUGUUACAAGUUAAAGUCACUCCCUUUCCUAGGCUCAAGGAGUAGAUGUUGGUAGGGAGAGUCUUGGCAUACCAUCAGAUUCUGGAUACUGGCUACCAGAGGAGGUGCAAAGCUCACCUGGCUCUCUAGCACAGUAGCAAUACAAUUCUCUUAACUACAUUUUUUUAGUGUUUGUGUAAAUUGAAAUAAAAUUGAAUUCUAAUAA